AUGAGCCUCUUGGCCUGGAAUUGCCAGGGCCUGGGGUCAGCUCCGGUCGUGUGCUCACUCACCGAUGAGGUGAAAGACACUGACCCGGUUUUGGUUUUCUUAUCGGAGACCAAGGCAAAUCGAAAUAGAGUUAAAGGAAUUCAGAGAAAGCUAAAUUUUACUCAAGGGAUUAUAGUUCCAAGUGAUGGCUGGAGUGGGGGGCUGGCGAUGUUGUGGAAGGAAGGGGCGGAUGUGUCCUUUAAAAGCUGUUCAAAUGCGCAUAUCGACGUGGUGGUCCGUGAGGGAGUUGGCAUGCAACUGUGGCAAGCUAUGGGUUUUUACGGACACCCUGAUGCAGGUAUGAGAUUUACAUCUUGGAAUUUACUUAAAUCACUAAAAAGACAGUGUGAUAUGUCGUGGGUUGUUUGUGGGGAUUUUAAUGAAAUUGUGCAAUCUGAUGAGAAAUUCGGGUGGUUAGAUAGGGACGCGAGACAAAUGGAGGUGUUUAGAGAGUGUCUAUCUGACUGUGGUCUCAUUGACUUGGGUUUUGUGGGGCAGCGUUUUACGUGGUGUAAUGGUAGGAUUGGGGAGCAACGUACUCGGGUUAGGUUGGAUAGGAUGGUGGCUAAUGAGGAGUGGAGGAAGAUGUUCCCUGAGGCAAGAGUUAUUCACAGAGCAAUGGCAGCUUCAGACCAUUGUUUGCUAAAUCUGUCUCUUAGGCAGCGGGUGAAAAGAAAGGGAAGUAGAAAACGGUUUAUGUUUGAAGCUAUGUGGACUAGAGAAGAGAGCUGUAGAGAGGUGAUUGAAACGGCCUGGGAUUCUUUGAAUGCUAAUCCGGAUGUGUAG